AUGUUUCUGCACAUCCGGCCAGAAGCGCUUGAAGCGACCUUCUCGGCUUUGGCUGACAACCUCACUGGCAGCGAAGCACGGUCGGUCAGAGACUUCUCCACCAGGUGGUUCAGCACGUCAGGCAGCGCAUUGCUGGUGACGGAAUUUGUCACCUACUACGAGGCCAACGACACUUACCAGGGCAACAAUGUAGGCUUGCUGGACGCCAUCAACACCAUAGUUGCUGAUUUGUCCGGGCCGGCGUCUCUUCUUCAGAGUGGGACCUCUGCAGUGGACGAAAACCUGGCUGACAGUUGUGGUUACCUUGCAUCUUAUGCGGAUGCGGUGUUUGGAGAGGGCAAUCUCUACGAGAUGCUGACAGAGCUGCUCAUUUGA